CUUUCAAACCUCCUGUCACUCUUCAGACCCAAAUACUUUUCAAGCCAUCUUCAUUUUCUUGACAGCGACACCACCUCUUCUAACUAUCCCUAUUAUGAUUAAACUCAAAGAAGUAGAAAAGAACAAGAGCGCCCACUCGAAGCUUAUAAAACCCCCGCCGUCCUGUAACCUCGAUCACGCCACAGAUGAGCCCAAGACCGCUAAGAAAGGUAUCGACAACAUUGUCGAAGAUAAUAAAUAUCCAAAGGAGCGGAAGGAUCGAGUGGUGGCCCAGAUCUUACGAGCCUUCUCUCUUUCAAAAAUCAAGCCUACUGCUAAAAAGAAGCCUGGGCCAGGAGGGGAAAUAAUGCGUAAUCAGAGUGACUUCAAGGUCAAUACCAAACUGGACAAAGUGGCCAGGAAAAUGGAGACGUUAAAUCGCAGGACUGCCACAGAGUCAAGUUUUGAGCUCGUUGAGAAAGAAGAAGAGACGGAGGAGCCAGAACCGGUUGCCAGAAUUAAAGGUACGUUGCGCUAGUCUUUACCUUGAGGAUAGAUGAUCACACAUACUACAGUUCCUCACGCCCUCUCACGGCAUCGAUUCGGAUGCUAUGCACAGACUUCACUACCAGUGAACAGGACACCAGAACCACAACUCCCAAAUGUGUCUACUAAAGUCGUGCAAGAACAAUGUUCUGAAGAAACUGAACGGCAAAAGUCGAUAUCCAAACAGAGAGCAAAAAUAUCAACGUCUUCCGUCCAAGCUGCCCAGCUCAGCAAAGAUGUUAUUUACCCCUCGCCUUCAUCAACUGAUACUUUUGAAACUAGCGAUACGACCUGCUCGCCAGAGAACAAACCGCCCAUGCCACCUUUUCCGACGCAACGAGUCAUCUCCCACCAUUUGAAACGACCUUCACAAUCUCCGUUUGGACCCCGAGCUACAUUUUCCACUAGCACCCCGAUGACCAGGCGUGUACGAUCAGCUUCCAAUCUUCUUUUUAAGCGCUCCCCUUCAAAGAUCAGUAUCGUCACCAGGAAACCUGUGCCUGUGUAUAUCGAUGUGCCUCUUUCAUUGGAUGAUGGCCAUAUUUCCGGAGUGUCGAUCUUUACCAGAGACAUUGUGCAGACACCUUUGGAAAAGACGAGCAGUGCUGGGCCGCACAAGAACCAGCUACUCGCCACACCGCCGACGCCCAAGUUCAAUAUAUUAACCGACGUCUUUUUUUCUGAACAGAGCCCAACAAAACGGGGGAGUCUUUUCAUCGUCAAUAAUUCUUUUGAUUCUUACGAGCAGUAUCAGAAUACCCUUUUUGAAGACGUGUUGAAGACUUGGGGACUUCCCUUGGAUGUGAUUCACCCAAAGGAAGUUGAGCUCUAUAAGAAAGACAUUGCGGCUGUACAUAGCAAGGAGACUGUUGAUAAGAAUGUUCCGCCUGUACAAACGCAAAAAAGAACACCAAGGACUGUGGCAUUUUCAAAACCAGUCAAAACCAAUCCAGGUGUCAAAAAAUUUAUCUCUAUGGAUGAACGACGUCUAAGGAAGCCAGUAGGGAGGGUAAAGGAUAUUGUAGAGAUUUUUGAAGAUCGCUCGGUCGACAGAACGAUGACUCCAAUAAGAGAGCUGGGCAGGAUACUUCAGCGGCCUUCUUCAGUAUCUUCUGAUAACCUUGCUGCUGAAAGCAGACAAAUGAUGGAGGGAGCCCGUAAAAAGGUUCGAGGUGUCGUUGUAUGAGUAGGGGAAUUAGGCGAUGGAUAUGAGUAAGGGAUUAGGUCUUUGACAGGUUAUACUCGAGUUGUCUACAUGUGUUUGUAUCUUGAGAUUUCUAUAAACAUCUAAAGUGUUGUAAACUGUGUUCUUUUUUAACCUGAUUUAUGAAACAUCG